GCACACUAUACACUAUAGGUAUUCUCUGAUACGGCGAGCACGCGCGUGCCCGAUAGGCGCUACAGUUUGAAGCAGUCUUGUGCUGCAGAGUGUUGCCGUGUGUCAUUCAGCUGAAGUGAUGGCGUCGAACUGUGAAGGAAAUACAGGCAUAGGCAGGAGGACACGUGAGAGAACUAGGAGUGAUAGGCAGGAAACGGAGUCAUCAUAUGGGCCGGCAGUUCAUGGAAACAGUCCUGUGUCUCAUUCUAGCCUUGCAGAGAACGAGCUGCGGUGGCUGGGUGGACGACACGAAGCAUUGGCCGCAGCUUCAGAGAACAUGAGCACCCCUCAGGCAAAUGCAAGUGAUGGAUUUGGGAAAGCAGAAGCUCCAUGCCAGCAAACAGUACUUGAAAGCAGUCCUCUGUCUCAUACUAGCCCCUUUGAAAUUGAGCUGAGAAAGCCUGGAAGAGCUAGGAGUGAUCGAUGGAAAAGAGAAAUGCCAAAUAUGAAGGCACUUUCUGUAGGCAGCAGUCCACUGUCCCCGACUUGUCUCGUGGAAAAUGAGCUCCAGCCUCGUUCAGGUGGUGUGAUGCCAUGCAACUGUUGUGUGCCACUCUGCGACACAAAUGCCAAAAAGGACCCGAAUGUGAAAUAUCACGAGUUCCCCUGCGACUUGGAGCGUCGAGAAGUGUGGCUGAAAGAUAUCUCUUGCCAAGGAGUCUCCGCAAAAGGAAGCAAGUGGGAACCGAGCGACAGCUUGGAUGUAUCUCUUGGGCUAAAAGCAAAGUACCAAGGUUGCAUGGUAGGGGCCCUGAUUGGGGAUUGCCUUGGCUCACCAUUUGAAGAAAUUCCUUUUCGCGAUGUAUUGCCAACAUCGCAGCUUCCUCGCUUUCUGUGGCGUAUCCGGAGAAAGUUAGUCAAGGCAGAUGACAUGGCAGGUCGGAGGUUUACGGUAGACCCAGAUCACGAAUUUGGUGGCUACUACAAGUUCACAGAUGACACUGCAAUGACCCAUACUCUUGCAGAAUCGCUAUUAGACUGUGGAGGUUUUGAUCCCACUGUUGUUGCACGAAGGUUUACUGAAGAUUUUUAUCAGAACGGUGAAGUUAAACAUGAAUAUGGUCCUAAAGUCAAAAGGGUGUUUGCUGCACUAGCCAAAGAAAAGUAUGAGGAUGUUUACGGACCUGCUAAAGAGCAGUUUGAUGGCACUGGCUCCUAUGGAAAUGGUGCCGCCAUGCGGGUUGCACCUGUUUCAUUGUACUACUACGGAGAUGAGAAAAGAGCAGUUCAGGUAGCACAGAAUCAAGGCAAGCUGACACAUGCCCAUCAACUGGGAUACAAUGCAGCAGCGCUUGUAUGCUUGGCUGUUCAGCUCGCACUUUCAUUAGAUCCGUCCAAGAAACUUGAUGUUGGAAGGUUUCUUGACACCUUGAAGUUAAAGAUGGAAAAAAUUGAACCCAAACAAUGCCGUUUCUACACUGAAAAGCUCGUAAUCAUCAAAAAAAUGCUGAACGGCUAUGAGGAUGCUCCACCUGAAAGGGUUGCUGCUAUAUUGGGCAACGAGAUGACUGCAGACCGUUCAGUGCCAGCAGCGCUUUAUGCAUUCCUUCGUGGUACACGGCCGCUGACAGGUUGCAAGACAUCCAACGGCUUUAUCCGAGCGCUGUUCUUCGCCAUUUCAAUGGGUGGAGACGCUGACACUAUUGGUACCAUGACAGGCAGCAUUGCUGGGGCAUACUAUGGCAUCUUCAAAGUGCCAAGAACCAUGCAACGCUACUGCCAAGGAGAACAAAAAGCAACAUGCUUGGGAAACAGGCUACUGACGGAACGAAGGCAGCCAAAGUGAAGGACACUUUGCGGCACUUCAGUUAGUGUGUGCUUCAGUCGAUACGCCUUUUUAUGUUUAAUUUUCAUUUUCUAUCUUUCUUCUUUUUAUUGUUCAUGAGGUGUGAUAGGGUUUUUUUUUUACACCCUAUGAAAAUAUUCUUGUCACAGAAAAUAGUCAUUUUUAGGGUCAGAUACUUGAGUUAACUCUGUGCAUACACUUAUGUAAACACACACUGACAUUCCACUGAAUCACUAUAAAAAUACUACAGAAGGCUUUAUACUUACAAAGUCUAUUUUACAGAAAACCAAUGAGCAUUUUGUAAAGAAAAUUUAUAUUUCAAUUUCAUUGCCUUUAUAGCAUAAAGAGAAAAGGACCAAUGCUGUAUUAUAGAUUAGAGCAGUGCAGUAUCAUUUUUUCUGAGAAUGUCUCAAGACUGGCAGCUAUAUUGUUGCACGAUGCAUUGAUAAGUUACUUAGUCCACUUCAUAAGUCAGCUUCAUUCAUGUUUAUCUGAAUGCCUAAAUUCAAGCUAAUAAUAGCUUUUCUAUUUGUUCAUUAUUGUAUUUGUGUUUAAAGAGUUUUAUUUUUAUCUCUUAGAUCAAAGUACAUUGUUCUUAGAAGUGAGAACUUCGUUUUUGCCAUUUCAUUAAUUUAAUUGCUUGGAUGCAGGUCAAUCAUCAGCAGUGUACUGUGUUCUAAAUGCCAAAGAAGAGCAUAAAUGUAUAUCUUUUAGGGACGUGUGUUUUAGAGGAACGUGUUUUGUUUUGCAAUAAACAUAUUUCAUUCAA